AGGUGACGGGUUACAAGAGACAGGUUACAAGUGUCGUGACCAGCCGAGGUCUUAUAUAGGAGGGACGUCCGGGUUCAGCGAGAAGUGGGAGAGAGAGCCUGUGCAAGCUGACCUGUAAGCAUGUCUGAGCCUAUUAGAGUCCUGGUGACCGGCGCUGCUGGGCAGAUUGCCUAUUCCCUGUUGUUCAGCAUUGCCAAGGGAGAUGUCUUUGGCAAAGAUCAGCCAGUCAUCUUGCUCCUUUUGGACAUUACGCCCAUGUUGCCAGUCCUGGAGGGUGUUGUCAUGGAGCUGCAGGACUGUGCCCUCCCACUUCUAAGAGAGAUUGUCCCCACUGACAAGGAGGAAGUGGCCUUCAAAGACCUGGAUGCUGCCAUCUUGGUGGGCUCCAUGCCCAGGAAGGAGGGGAUGGAGAGGAAGGACCUGCUCAAAGCCAAUGUGGCCAUCUUCAAGAGCCAGGGAGCCGCCCUGGAGAAGUACGCCAAGAAGACCGUCAAAGUGCUGGUUGUGGGAAACCCUGCCAACACCAACUGUCUGAUUGCAGCCAAGUCUGCUCCCUCCAUCCCCAAAGAGAAUUUCUCCUGCCUCACCCGUCUGGACCACAACAGGGCUCGCUCUCAGGUGGCGAUGCGCUGUGGCGUUCCCGCCACCCAUGUGAGGAAUGUGAUCAUCUGGGGCAACCACUCGUCCACCCAGUACCCAGACGUACAUCACUGCGUGGUCAACAUGUCUGGUAGUGAGCUCGCCUGUUUUGAUGCAGUCAAGGAUGAUGCCUGGCUUAAAGGAGAAUUCAUCGCUACAGUGCAGCAGAGAGGCGCUGCAGUCAUCAAGGCCAGGAAGCUGUCCAGUGCCAUGUCUGCAGCCAAGGCCAUCUGUGACCACAUGAGAGACAUCUGGUCAGGCACCCCUGAGGGUGACUUCAUCUCCAUGGGCGUUUACUCAUCUGGAAACCCCUAUGGAGUCCCAGAAGACCUCAUCUACUCAUUCCCUGUCCAGAUCAAGGACAAGACCUGGAAGAUUGUAGAGGGCCUGGAGAUCAACAGCUUUUCGCAGACAAAGAUGGACGCCACAGCAGCAGAGCUGAUAGAGGAGAGGGAUACAGCUGUGGCUUUCCUGGGAGUAUGACUAGACCCUUCAAGGCCACCCAACCAGCACUUAGACAGCCCCAAAACUCCAGACGCACGUCUGUGAUAUGGCACUCCACCAACCCCUGCAUUAGUCUAUAUCUGUGUGUGAGAGAGAGCGUGAGAGAGUGUCAGUGUUUAUGAGUGUAAAGUUGGAUCUGUACUUGUGUGCUGGGAAGCUGCGGUGUAGAAAUGAGCCUGUGGACACCACACAAAGUUAGAGAAAAGCUUGGUAAUUGUCUCCUUUUUGGUAUGACAAGGUAUUUGCACUACUGUGCUGUCUGUUGCAAAGUGGAACAAAAGAAGGUCAUUCACAACUUUACUUGAAUUAUGAGUGGUUUUCCGGCAUUAGGCUCCUUUUCAGGAGACAGAAACACCUGCAGCAAGGCCACUGCACACCAACGCACAAGUAAAACUCCUUCUAAAGUGUAUAGUAUAUACUGAAAGCACACCAAAUUUGUUACCAGCUCUUUUACAUUCAUCUUCGUCUGGGGAUAAGUGAAACAUGGAUGAUUGUUACAUAUAGUUAAUGGUGCAUUUAGUCGUUAAACACUGGAAUAGAUAACUUUUAAAAAAGCUGAACCAAUAAUAAAAAAAAUAAUGAUA